AUGGAUGCAGCAAUGAAAGUACUCAAGUACUUGAAAGGAUGUCCUAGUUUAGGAUUCCUUUUGCCUCAAGAUGGAAACUUAAAUAUCACAGCAUAUUGUGACUCAGACUGGGCCACAUGUCCCAUGAUAAGAAAAUCUCUCACCGAGCUUUGUAUAAAACUUGGAGGUGCACUAAUCUCCUGGAAGACAAAGAAACAAUCAACGGUGUCUCUUUCAUCAGCAGAGGCUAAAUACAGAGCAAUGGCCAAAACAACAUGUGAGAUCACCUGGAUCCUUUGGUUACUAGGAGAUUUGGAGGUUCAUAUCAAAACAUAUGUUCACUUAUACUAUGAUAACAAAGCUGCAAACAAUAUUGCAGCAAAUCCAGUGUUCCAUGAGAUAACAAAGCACAUUGAGAUCGAUUGUCACCUCAUCAGAGGAAAAAUUCAAGAAGGUGUAUCAAGACACUCCAUAUCCGCACUUCAGAACAACUAG